ACUUUUAGUGAAUUGCAAUAACUAGGCUAAAACUGCACGUUAGCUGGGCUAAUUAGCCUAAUGUACUUUCAGUUCAGCAUCUAUACAAUUGCACUUUUGCACACCAAGGAGUUUCUCAAAUGUCAACUUGUGCGAGAGGAAAAACCCAUCAUAAAAUUCCCACCCAGUCCUGUGUGACUAAUCAUAAACUUUCCUCCUAUCCGCGUGCGGUAGGGAUCGACCACAGAAAGAUUCUUGACUUUGGUAAAGAUUUUGGGAGACAAGGAUAUGACCGACGUAGCCGAGAUUAGUUUUUUCGGCGACAGAGAGAGCGGAAGGUAGACGAGCGGAGGUGAAAAGCAUGACUAUAGAACGCAGAAAGGAGCAAAGAGACUGCGCGAGAGGAGGGUGAAGAGCUUUGCAGAAAACGACCAGUGACGGGGCGGGAACCAGGAUGUGCAGCUCACUGAGUCCCAAGCAGCCCAUUGGCCCGGGUCUGACGGAUGUGCAACAGUACAGCCAAUGGCUGGCCAGCCGCCACGAAGCCAGCCUGCUGCCCAUGAAGGAGGACCUGGCCCUGUGGCUCACCAGCAUGCUGGGCCUGGAGAUCACAGCCGAGAGCUUCAUGGAGCGUCUGGAUAACGGCUACCUGCUGUGCAGGCUGGCUGAGACGCUACAGGAGAAGUUCAAGCAGAACCAGACCCGUGAAGAGACACCAGGUCCUGACAAUGGAAAGGUCAUACCUUCCGGAAAGAUCCCGUGUCGUGCCAGCGCGCCUUCCGGGUCCUUCUUCGCCAGGGACAACACGGCGAACUUCCUGACCUGGUGUCGUCGGGUGGGGGUUGGGGAGACCUGCCUGUUUGAGUCUGAGGGACUGGUUCUUCACAAACAGCCCAGGGAAGUCUGUCUCUGUCUCCUGCAGCUGGGAAGGAUAGCAUCUCGGCACAAUGUGGAGCCCCCAGGGCUUAUCAAGCUGGAGAAGGAGAUCGAGCAGGAGGAAAGAACACCUGAACCUCCACCCUCCCCGGUCUCUCCAUCCCCACCCCCCCCUCCAUCUCACUGUCAUUCCACCCCUCCACCCCCCACUCCCACCCCCCCUCCAUCCCACUCUCCGUCCCCCCCUCCCACCACUACAAAAUGUCUGUCUUCUGGUAAAAAGAGCACAGGGAAGCUGCUGGAUGAUGCUGUGAAGCACAUCUCUGAGGACCCUCCCUGUAAGUGCCCCAACAAGUUUUGUGUGGAGAGACAGUCACAGGGCCGUUACCGUGUUGGAGAGAAGAUGUUAUUUAUCAGGAUGUUGCACAACAAGCAUGUCAUGGUUCGUGUGGGUGGGGGCUGGGAGACCUUCGAGAGCUACCUGCUGAAACACGACCCGUGUAGAAUGCUUCAGAUCUCCAGAGUGGAGGGAAAGGCCUCUGUCAUGUCUCCCAAGUCCCCCAACACCCUCAACAUCAAGGACCUCAGCCCAGACAGCUAUCUGGUUGUGGCCGCACACUACCGCAGCAAGAAGUAAAGAUGGCAGGACAGGAGUAAAGAUGGCAGCACACCACCGCAGCAGGAAGUAAAGAUGGCAGCACACCACCGCAGCAGGAAGUAAAGAUGGCAGCACACCACCGCAGCAGGAAGUAAAGAUGGACGCACAACACCGCAGCAGGAAGUAGGGAUGUCAUCACACCACCGCAGCAGGACGUGAAGAUGACAGCACACCAUGCAGCAGGAGAUUAAAGAUAUUCAGAGAAUUAAAGGAACACAAUUAAGCUGGCAGCAAGUCUGGACACAUCACAAUCGCCACACAAUCACAAAAUGAGUGGUUAUUUGGAAUACAGGGUGAUUUGUAGAUCAGUAAUUCCCUGAUAGUGUUUAAGAGGAUUGAUUGGACCUCCUGUAUCUGAUCUUCUAUCUCUUUCUGAGGGGAAAAAUGCUCUUACUCACUUCAGAUAGUAGAACAUUCGGGGUGCAGAACGAAGUAGCCUACCCGCAAAGCAGAAUUAUUUGAAAUACGUCUUUUCCCCUUCUGCUAAUAGGGUACCAAUCAGCACCCCCCCGGGUUUCUGGCUGAUCAUGUCACAUCGGCAUAGAUUUUAAGGUUUGUUUGUGCAGAAAUUAGAAGUACACCAAACAUUUAAAAAAGCUUGAUUCUUUGUUCUCCUCACCUUCAUGGUAUCCAACGAUUCUUAGAACUUCUCUCAAAGCAGCAGAUCCAGUGGACCUUGUCUCAAACUAGCAAAAUGAAGGUUUAAUCCCAGUCUGGUGACAUGGUGGGCCAAAAAAUGCCCUGCUUUACUGCGGAUGUUUUCUUUGCAUUUCCAGCCUGAGAAUCUAUGCAAUGAUUUUACAAUAACUAUUAGCCUGGGAUUGCGAUUGCUAUAUAUGGUACUAAAAGCAUGUUUUUCUUUUGUUUUUUUUUGUAUUUAGCAUUCAUUGUUUUUAUAGUGUGCAUAUGGUAUUACUGUUACAAUGGGUAUAUUUUGAGUAAUACGAUUCCAAUGAUGGUUGUCCUUUCCUUUUCUCCUAAAUUCUCCAGCUUCUUGAUAACGACUAUCGAAGGUCAUCAUGACUCAAGCAAUACAUGUUUUAUGAGUGAAAGUAAUCACACUAGUUUCUUAACCAUAUUUACAGUACACCAUUAUACUGGUUAUCUUGUAAAUGGACUUGUCUUUAUCUUCAUCUUUUACUUUGUUGACCACCAUUUUUAUGAAUGUCAACAAUUAAAUACGAUUAU